AUGGAUUUCAUCUUCUUAAAUUUUUUUCCUUUUAUUAUAUGUCUAUAUAUUUCUUAAAUUCUUAACAGAUCUAGAAUGUUUUUUUUAGAAAAAUUGAGAUUACACGUUUAAGGAGAACUAUUAAGAAUUAUUAACUUUAUGACAGGAAUAAUGGUAAUUGAAUGUAACAAAAAUAAUUCUAAAUUAAUUUGA